UCACCCAUUGAAACGUUAUAAAUCUUCCCCGAGUCAACCGUCACAACUCACAAGUCAACCUCCCCUCAUUCUAUAAUGCGUCUCAUUCUUCCAUAGUGAACUCAAGUCGCUUGACUCUAAUUCAUCACCCAAAACUGAACAAUAAUGGAUAUUUUUUAACUAGUUCUGGUGCUUCACCUUACCACAAACGAUGAUUUUCAGAUAUCUAAGGUAAAAAUGAAGCAGUGGUGGAAAAUGAUCGCGGUGGUAGUACUGGCAGUGACAUUGUUGAUAGAAUUAGCUAUGUCAGAUCCGCAAGCAAAUAAGAUAAGCCAACCAGGCCGAGAGUGCAGCGGAUUUGAUGCUGCGAAUCCAUCUGAAUACUUCAGAAAUUUAAAUUCUACUUUCGCAGACCUCAGACGACAGCUAUCUGUAGAGAAAAAACACUUUGCCACCGCGGAGCAGGCCAGCACCGUGGCUAAUAAUGUGUACACUUUGUUUCAGUGCAGAGAUUAUUUAUCUACUGCAGACUGUGUCGCCUGCUUUGAUAUAGCCAAAGUUGAAGCUCGGAAAAUCUGCAAAUUAAAUCAUGGAGCUCGCGUCAUAUAUGAUGGUUGCUUCCUUAGGUACGAGGUGCGAACCUUCUAUACAGAAACAGAGCUUGGCCUUUCAUCUGAGGUAUGUAGGGGCAAAGGGACAGUUCCCGCGGAAACUGCUUUUAAGUUAGUUGCAGUGCAGUUGUUAAAGGAUCUUGCAGAUGCCACACCAAAGCUAAAGAGCUACUUUGCAGUGGCAAAAAGGCAAGUGUUUGAUGGCGGUCCAUCAGCAAAAGCAUCCGUGACAGUAUACGCUUUGGCACAAUGUACUGGCACUGUAAGCCAGGGUGAUUGCGGAAAAUGCUUGAUGGGAGGAUAUAGUAACAUUCAAGCAUGCCUUCCUCAACCAGGAGGAAGUUCUGCAGCUGGCGGUUGUUUCAUGAGAUACUCUGUGACUCCUUUCUUUGCUGAUAAUGAUAUAACAAAUAUCAUGCCUCAUGUGGAAGGAGGUAGGUCUAGCAAGAAGACAGCCAUGUUUGCAGGCGGAGUCGGGGUUAUAAGCCUUCUCUUUCUCAUAAUUGCCUUACUUCUAUGGUAUCAAUUAUCACGAAAGCGUAAACCAGCUAAUACAGGUGAUAUACGAGAGGUAAAUAAGUUGCAGGGACCAACUAUAUACAGAUACAAAGAUUUGAAGUCAGCUACCAAGAAUUUUAGUGAAGAAUGCAAAGUAGGAGAAGGCGGCUUUGGAGAUGUAUACAAGGGCAUUAUAUCGAAUGGAACCAUAGUUGCAGUGAAGAAACUUGUUGUAAGGACAAGCAAAGAAAUGGCGGCUUUUGAGAGUGAAGUCAGGCUUAUAAGCGAUGUUCAUCAUAGAAAUAUCGUCCGUCUGCUAGGAUGCAGUGGCACAGGACCAGUUCAACUCCUCGUCUAUGAAUAUAUGGAGAACGGAAGCCUAGAUACAUUCUUAUAUGGUGAUAAACGCGGAACUCUCAGCUGGAAAAAACGUGUUGGCAUAAUCCUCGGCAUUGCUAGAGGUCUUGCCUAUCUGCAUGAACAAUUUCAUGUAUGCAUCAUACAUCGAGAUAUGAAAUCUAGCAAUGUCUUACUAGAUGAUGAUUUUCAACCCCAGAUUGCGGAUUUUGGGUUGGCAAGACUUUUACCAACGGAUCAAAGUCAUCUUACCACCAGAUAUGCAGGGACUGUGGGUUACACGGCACCAGAGUAUGCAAUUCACGGGCACUUGUCAGAGAAAGUGGAUACCUACGGGUUCGGAAUUGUGGUCCUGGAAGUUAUAAGUGGCCGAAGAUGCAAUCAUAUGAAGAAUGAGCUUGUGACCCAAUCUCUUCUUGAACAUGCAUGGAAGUCUUAUAACAAUGGCACGCAUGAGGAUUUGAUAGAUGAGACAAUAGAUUCGGGUGAAUAUAACGUCGAAAAUGCGAAGAAGAUGAUAGAGAUUGCUUUGAAGUGCACUCAGUCACCGGUUUCUUUGAGGCCAACAAUGUCUGAAGUUGUUGUGAUGCUUAUGAAUUAUGCAUCCUCAGAACCUAAGCAGAUAAACAAGGGUCCAGUUGAGUAACAGACGAUUUCCAAUAUUUCGAAUGCUCCUGCUACCAAUAUCAACAUAUAUUAUGGUAUUGUAGUUUCUUUCUGUUUUAUAUGUUUACAAUAAUCAUCAAUCUAAAACUUUGGGUUUGAGAAUUGAUGUAGAACAUGAUAGAGAUAUCUAGAAAUUACUUGGACAAAAGAGAAAUGGGAAAAUUUUAUUUACAUUA